GUGCCCGUUGCUGCUAGGUGAACGGCUACCACCAGUCUGAAGCAGGUGUCCAACAUGGCCAGCAUGGGCAGCGGAUCUCUCUCUACAUCUCUCUUUUUAUUCGUGAUUUCGGCAGCUUUUCUUCUAAAAGGAGCUGCAGAAAACGUCCAAGUCCAAAGUCAGAAUCUGGUGACGGAUAACGUGACCGUGGUGGAGGGGGAGGUGGCCAUCCUCAGCUGCAGAGUCAAGAACAACGAUGACUCCGUCAUCCAGCUCCUCAACCCCUCCAGACAGACCAUCUACUUCAGAGACGCCAGGCCCUUGAAGGAUAGCCGGUUCCAGCUGGUCAACUUCUCGGACAACGAGCUGCGGGUGUCGUUGUCCAACGUGUCGCUGUCCGACGAGGGGAGAUAUGUGUGCCAGCUCUACACCGAUCCUCCACAGGAAGCCUACGCAGACAUCACUGUGCUGGUCCCGCCAGGCUACCCAAUCAUCAAGUCGGAGGAAGGCGUGGUCAGCGAGGGGAACGAAACGGAGAUGAACUGCACGGCUGCGGGCGGCAAGCCGGCCUCCGUCAUCAGAUGGAUGAAAGGAGACAAGGAGCUGCAAGGCACGUCGGAGGUCACGGCGAGCCCGGACGAUCGGAUGUCGACCGUCACCAGCCGCCUGGCGUUCACCGUGUCCCGGGAAGACGACGGCGUUCCUGUGGUCUGCAUCGUGGAUCAUCCGGCCGUCAAGGACUUCCAGGCGCAGAAGUACCUGGAAGUGCAGUAUAAACCCGAGGUGAAGAUUGUGGUGGAGUUCCCCGAAGGCCUGACCCGGGAAGGAGAGAAUCUGGAGUUGACCUGCCAAGCAAAGGGCAAACCACAGCCCCAGCAGAUCAACUGGGUGAAGGUUGAUGACGAUGUCCCGUCCCACGCCGUCAUCACGGGCACCGACCUGCUCAUCGAGAACCUCAACAAGUCCUACAACGGCACCUACCGCUGUGUGGCCUCCAACUCCGUGGGAGAGGCCUACGACGACUACAUCCUCUACGUAUAUGAUGCUCUCACCACCACCCCUAUACCCACUACAACCACCACCUCCACUACCACCACCACCUCCACCACCACCUUUCCAGACAAUGCCCAAGACACCACGGCCAACGGUGACCCGGCGGCUCACGAUUCACGGGCGGGAGAGGGGGCGCCCCGCACGGUGGACCACGCGGUCAUUGGAGGCGUCGUUGCCGUGGUGGUCUUCGCCAUGCUCUGCCUACUCAUCAUUUUGGGCCGGUACUUCGCCAGACACAAAGGCACUUACUUCACCCACGAAGCCAAAGGGGCAGAUGACGCGGCGGACGCCGACACCGCCAUCAUCAACGCCGAGGGCGGCCACAACAACUCCGACGAGAAGAAGGAGUACUACAUCUGAGAGGAGAGGAGAGGCC